AUGCAACUUCGAAAUGUCCCUCUCUUUUUGGGGGCCAUCCUACCUGUAGCUCAAGCCGCGCUCCGCCUACAUACGCUCAAUCUCACUUAUGGCACUAACAAUGCCGAUGGCACAACUCGUGAAGCGUGGCUCAUUAACGGCCAGACUCCAGGACCUCACUUGGUCUGGGAUGAGGGCGACGAUGUUUCCGUCAAAGUCCUCAACAAUGGCCAUGAGCCCGUUACUAUUCACUGGCACGGCCUUGAACAAGUUGGAACCCCCUGGUCGGAUGGUGUGCCUGGGAUGACCCAAUGGCCAAUUCCUCCAGGAGGAGAUUUCGUUUAUAAUUUUACUCUCAAACAAGCUGGUUUCCAUUGGUACCACUCCCAUUACAAAAUGCAACUCGACGAUGGCUUGAAGGGAACGUUAUACAUUCGUCCUAACCCCAAUAAGCCCAAACCCUUCAACCAAAUCUCUAAUAGCACUUCCACCCUGAAGAAGCUGAGGGACGCUGAAAUGAACGCCUUCCUCCUUAAUGUCUUUGAUUACAAACAUUAUACAUCGGAGCACUGGAUGGCCGAAUGGGAGCGUACCGAUGUUGAACAACUUUGCAUUGAUAAUCUACUCACUAAUGGCAAAGGACCUGUGAAAUGCCCUAACAUGACCGAGAUUAACGCGAUCGCUGCUCCUGAGCAGAAGCCAUUAACCAAAAAAGGAUGCCUUCAACCCAGCAAUAAGAUCAUGUUCCCUUACCCCGAGUCCAGGCCGGAGAUGGUUGAGCCCUCGAUGUGGUAUAACUGUACCAAUUCGAAUACCACAUUUGAAGUCUUCACCGUCAAGAAGUCUAACGGCUGGGCUGCGUUCAACCUAUUGAACAGCGGAGCCCUUUGGGAUCUUCGUGUUUCCAUCGACUCGCACAAGAUGUACUUCUUCGCCGCGGACGGUCACUAUACCAAAGUCCAAGUUGCAACCUCGAUUCUCAUUCCUAUUGGCGAACGUUACCAAUUCUUUGUCAAGCUUGAUCAACCAGUUGGAGAUUAUGUCAUCCGCACAGCUGCGGUCGUCCUUCCCCAACUCAUCAGUGGCUAUGCCAUCCUUUCCUAUGUCAACUCUGGAAAGACCGGUGCCGGUGUCGUCGAGAAGUAUGCUCUUCCCGCAGCGAAGAAACCAUACAUCGACUAUGCUGGAAAUAUCAUCAACGGUGGUGUCGAUUUGGUUCAGGCUAAUCUGUCGCCAUUCCCUGCAUCUCCCCCUCCUCAGGGCGCUUCCGACCUUACACUUGCUUUGAACGUCACUCGCUCCAGAAACUCGUGGCACGAGCCCAAGGACGACUUCACUCCCCUUCUCUUCCAGCCAGGCCAAAUUGCUUCUCUUGACCCCACGGUCUACUUCUCGUAUCCCAAUGGCACUCUCGUUGAUUUGAUCUUUACUGUUACGGCUGGUAAUCCUGCUAUGCAUCCUCCUCACCCCAUGCAUAAGCACGGUGUCAAGGCAUGGUUCCUCGGCUCAGGCGAUGGUCCUUUCCCAUAUGCCUCCGUCAAGGAAGCUGUGGAUGCCGGCUACAAGGGCAUUAACCUCAAGAACCCACCCCUUCGCGAUGACUUUGUCACUCCCGUCGCUAUGACUGGUCAGGCAUGGGCAGCUGUGCGUUUCCGCGCUGUUGACCCUGGCCCAAUCGUUCUUCACUGCCACAUUGAUGCUCACCUUGCAACUGGUAUGGUGAUCGCAUUGCUGGAAGGCCCUGAGAAGCUCACAGGCGACUAUGUUCCGAGCUAUUACCUUACCAAGAACAAGUCAUGA